GUUAUUUGUAAAUAUGUUAUUUUAAAAAGAUUUUUCAAUAUUUGAAGAUAUUUGCCACUCAUAUUUUCCAAAAUUAGAUGAGUUUUUGUUGUGCAAUAUCUUGCAAUUCAAAAUCUAGUAAUGAUAGAAAAUCUUUUCAUAGAUUCCCUCUAAAGAAUCAUAUCUUAUUAUCAAAAUGGUUAAAGGCAAUCAAUAGAAAAAACUUCAACCCCACUAAAUAUUCCAAAAUAUGUGGUGAUCAUUUCACCAUUGAUAGUUUUAUUCCAUCUGUUACAGGGCUACGAAGUUUAAAGGAAGGAUCUAUACCUACCAUUUUCAAAAUACCCAUUCCUCUUCAGGAUAUAACAAAUAAUCUGAAUAAUACUAUUACAAUAUCAAACUCUAUAAAAAAAAUUGAUCAUAACUAUGCUGCUAAUAACUAUACCUUUACCAGAAAGAGAAAAUAUUUUCCAAAAACAAGUGACACUUUAAAUAUUCUUGAAGAUGUAGAUUUGGAGAAACCUGCUAGUCAUAAUGUUUCAAAAACAAUUGACACUAUUAAUAUUCUUGAAGAUGUAGAUUUGGAGAAACCUGCUAGUCAUAAUGUUUCAAAAACAAUUGACACUAUUAAUAUUCUUGAAGAUGUAGAUUUGGAGAAACCUGCUAGUCAUAAUGUUUCAAAAACAAUUGACACUAUUAAUAUUCUUGAAAAUGUAGAUUUGGAGAAACCUGCUAGUCAUAGAAAAUAUGCUUCACAAACAAUAGCCAAUGAUCAUAUAUAUACAGCCAAUUUAUCAUUCUUAUCAAGAAAGAUCAAAUAUCAAGAUAAAUAUAUUUUAAAAUUAAGAAAAAAAAUGAGUGCCUCUUAUAAGAGGGAAACUAUAAGAAAUAAGAAGAUUAUCGAUUUAAAAUCAAUUAUUAAACAAUUGAAGAAUAAAAAUUUAAUAUGUGGUGAAGGGGAGGAUCAAUUGGAAAAAAUUUUACAGGCAUCCCUUUAGCUUUUAUCAAAACCCAAUUACACAGUGGAGGCAUAAAAAAUCCACGGAGAUUAAAAUUUUCACAAGAAAUGAAACAGUUUGCCUCCACUGUUCAUUUUUAUUCUCCAAAAGCAUAUAAAUACUUAAGGGAUCAAUUUUGCCUACCAUCAGAAUCUACAUUGAGAACCUGGAGCCAACAAAUUAAAAUAAGGCCAGGUUUUCUCGAUGCUUCUUUUGAUAGAAUUAAAAGAUUUCAAUCUGAUUCGAAAGUAAAAUUAUUCACCACAUUAAGCCUUGAUGAAAUGUCCAUUCGUCAUAUUGUACAAUGGGACAAAAAGGAGUACCAUGGAUAUGUUGAUUGGCAAUGAAAUCAAACCAUCUGAUUCUCUUCCUAAAGCCAAACAGGCUCUUUUUCUUAUGGCAACAUGUCUUAAUGGUACAUGGAAAAUUCCCAUAGGAUACUUCUUAGUAUCAAAUACUACUGGAGAUUUGCUUGCUAAUAUAGUCACUAAUGCUCUUCAUUUAUUACAUGAUACAGGCACUUCCUGUAAAGUUAUAGUAUGUGAUGGUUUGGCGGCUAAUAUAAAAAUGUACCAACUACUUGGUGCAUCUAUAGAUCCUGAUCUAUGUAUACCCUAUUUUACUCACCCAUUAAAUUUUGAUGAAAAAGUCUACAUUAUGUUGGACGUAUGCCACAUGAUUAAGUUGUUGAGAAAUCUUCUCGGUGAUAAAAAAAUUUUAAUUUAUAAUAAUGGAUCAAUAAUAAAUUGGAAAUAUAUAGCUAAUCUUCACAAUUUACAAGAUAAAGAAGGACUUCGUGCUGCUAAUAAAAUUAAUAAAUCUCAUAUUGACUAUCACAAACAAAAAAUGAAAGUUAAACUUGCUGUACAAGUUUUUAGUAGCUCAGUGGCAAAAGGUAUUCUUUUGGCACAAGAGCUAAAGAUUGAUGGGUUUGAAAAUUGUGAGAGCACAGUUGACUUUAUUAAAAUGAUUGAUCAAAUGUUUGACUUUUUAAAUACACGGAACAUAGUUGCUAAAGGGUUUAAAAAACCACUAACUACAAAUUCACUUUCUUAUUAUGAAAAUUUUUUUGAGAUGUGGAUUACAACUUUAAAAUCCUUAAAGUUUGAAAGUGGAAAAUACGUUUAUAGAUCAAAAAAAAAGUCUGCAUUAUAGGCUUAAUCUUGUCAAUGAAAAGCAUUUUGGGAAUUGGGAGGGAAUUAUUAUUAGGACCUAACCCCAAACUCAAAUAUCUUUUAACCUACAAAACAUCUCAAGAUCAUCUAGAGCUCCUCUUUAGCUGUUUACGAAGCAGAAGAGGUUUUAAUAAUAACCCUUCUGCCUAUCAAUUACGAUCAGCUAUAAGAGGCGUUAUGAUAGCAAAGUUGGGAGCCUUAUGCACAGGUAAUUGUAUUCCACUUGAUAAUACAAAUCUUUUUUGUGGAGAUUAUCAAGAUAAUGAUAAUGAUGAUGACAAUAUACAAGCUAUAGAUUUUUCUUUUAUAGAUGUUCCAGGUAUCCAAAAAUUAUCGCCAUUCGUUGAUAACAUCGCAACUUAUAUAUCAGAAUAUAUAACACGUAAACUUAUAUCCGAAAAUAAGGUAAAGUGUUAUAUAUGUAUUUCUGCAAUGAUUGUUAAAAAUUGUAAAGAUCAAGAGAGCUAUAAUUUAAUUAAAAUUAAAAACAAUCAGGGAUUAAUAAUUCCUUCCAGAGAUGUAUCUAGAUUAUGCCAAUAUGCUGAAAGUGGUUUCCGUACAUUUGAACAUAAUAAUCAAAUUAAUAGGCCUUGUAUAUUUAAACGAAUAGUAUCUUUUGUGAUUUCAAAAGUGAUAGAAAUAAAUAUUUUUGAUAAUCUGGUUGAUCACAUGCUAGAUCAAGAAGAAACAUCUAGCCAUUAUCAAAAAUUAAUUAGAUUAAUAGUUGAACGUUACAUAAACAUAAGAUUUUAUCAUUUUGCAGAUAAACAAAAUAAAAAUGAAAAUACCAACAUUCGUCAGAAGCUGACCAAAACCAUUCUAUUUAAAGGACAAUAAAUAUAUCUAUAUAAU